UCUCAAACUGAAAAUUUAAACAUCUUCAAAGGAAUCAAAAUCCUUGUUUCUCUAUACCUUCUUGAGUUCGACAAACAAGAGAAGAUCUUUUGUUAGGAUUCAUCUAUCCUCCCACAAAAAUGUCUAAAGGAUGUCUAAGUUGUUUCAAGGCCAUGUGUUUGAGGAAGAAGCAAAGCAAAAAAGUAGACAAACCCCUGAAAGCAGAGAGAUUACCAGAGCCUGUUGAAGAAAAAGAAGAUGUAGAAAACGGUGCGGACAAGAAGAUGCCCAUUAAAGAUUCACCGUCGGGACCGGCGUACUUCCGACCAGUAUAUAGCUCAGAUGUAGGCAGCAACGAUUUUGUUUAUCAAUCAUAUGGUGGCAAAAUCCAUGGAGGUGUCUCUUCUUCACCAGUGAGAAAUGAUUUCCACAAAGUGAAGACCUUUGAUUUACGAGGAGUCUCAAAAGCCGCGGCCAAGUGAGAAGAGAAGUGGUUAAGAGAUGAUUUGUUCAUCCCAUAUAAACUUAGAUGAGAUAUUUAUACAAGCAAUUUGUAUAGCUCUCUAGAUGAUAUUAUCUUGUUUUGAGCCGAUGAUCCUACUUUUAAUGUAUCUGAUUACAUGUUUACUAAUGCGAGCAUAUCUUUUUGUAAGAUCAAGAA